CCUAGUUGGUGUGAAUUGACGUGAGGCUGCCCGGAGAGUCUCUCCGGAGUCGGAGGCGAGUGCGAGUGGUCCUCCCUCGAUCCACCCAGGUGGUCGUCGAGACAGGUGCUCUUUCCCCCCGGGCGGGCGAAACUGUCAGGGAGACCAAGCUCGCCGUCAUUCAUGCGGGCUUCUGGACACAAUUAGUCGACGAUGACUUCGGUUUGGAAGCGACUCCAGCGUGUGGGAAAGAAGGCGUCCAAGUUUCACUUCGCUGCUUCAUUCCACCAACUUGUGCUGGAAAGCUCAAGUAAAUGGCAACCCGACAAACUGAGAGUGGUGUGGAUCAGAAGAAGCAGACGUCACAGCACGAAGCUCCACAGUUGGCAGCCUGGGAUUCAGAACCCCUACAGAGGUCUGGUCCUCUGGCAGGUGCCCGAGAGUUUGGACAUCACAGUUACACUCUUCAAGGAGCCAACCGCAGAGGAGUUUGAGGACAAAGAUUGGACUUUUGUCAUUGAAAAUGAGACAAAGGGACGAAAGAAGGUGUUGGCUUCGGCCGACAUCAAUAUGAAGAAGUACGCCAGCAUCACGCCGGCGCAGUACGACCUGACCCUCAAGUUGAAACCUCUUUCGGUGAAAGUGAAAGAAGCCACGCUCAAGCUCAAUUUGUCCUGCAUCUUCCUCAAGGAGGGAAAAGCCACCGAUGAGGACAUGCAGAGUUUGGCCAGUCUAAUGAGUUUCAAGCAGAGCGACAUCGGCAAUCUGGAUGAUUUUAACGACAGUGACGACGAAAUCGGGGAAGAAAGGAGGACGAGCUUUGGUUCUGGUCAAGCGACGCUCGCCACUGCCCUCGAGCCUUCCACGGCAAGAAUACACGACCUGGCGUGGAGGCCUGCAACCAAAUCUGUCCCAAAUUCAACCACAGAGAUAACUCGCAAAACGUCCUCGGGCGUUUGCGCUUCCAUCUCUGUUGCAUCACUUCCUGUUCUGCCCGAACCCCAUCACCCAUCCGUUCCGACGCCCGCCCAUCAGACCCAGCCUUCCCUCUAUGCCUACUCAUUUCCGGCCUUCACACAAGCUCACCCUCCGGCACUUCCCAAAAUUUUCCAGCCUCGUUCUGGAUCAGCUGCACGAAGCUUCCACAGCAAAUCCCCCCCUGAAGGAGGUGCUCAGUCCCUCCCCACCUUCACUUCUUCUAAAGCCCUUUGUCAUUCCCCUCCUGAUCCCUCUGCCGGCCCUUCCGCCUUAACGGGGAGUUCGCACGCAGCUCUGCUCAGCUCCCGCCCUCCUUUUCCGCCGCAUGUUGCCGCUCGCAGAAAUCCCCAAGCCGUGGAGGCCGGCUUGACGCUGACCAGUCCCACCAGUCUCCCCUCCGCCCCUGAGACAGCUUCCUGGCAGAGUGAAUGGAGGCCUCCUAAAUGCCAAGUCCCUCUCGCGCAGGCCGCCCUCUCUCCAAAUUUCUUACAUCCGUCCGUGGAUGAACCCGCACGGCCUUCUGUGGCGCACAAAAGAAAAAGAGUAGACGUGCCAUCUUCAUCCUGCCUGCCUGCGGGCCUUCCUUCCCAACACUCGGGGGCUUCCGGAUUUGCACCUUCCACUGUCACCGACACCCACUCGUGUCCCUCCAUCGCUCCUUUUUCUUCCCUUCCUCCUUCUCAGGGUCCUUUACCCCACAUUGGCUCCCAAAGUGGCCAAAGUGCAGAGAUCCAGAGGCAGUUGAGCACACUGAGCGAAGAGGAGCAGCAGUGUACAACUCCCACGAGUCCUGAUUCCAAAGUAGGUGCCUUCCAAGGCUUGGCAUCUGGUGCUGGAGGGCCAGCGUUUGGAGUCAAAGUUGUCAGGGCAUCAGCAGGACCUGAGAGUUUGGCCUCUCUUCUGCCCUUUAGCCCCAGAGCGCCCUCAGCUCAAGAUCUCGAGUAUUUUGAGAUGCCCAAAGCACAGAUGGAUCAUACGGAGUUAAGCCCCGCAAGGACGUCUCUUGUCAAACCACAAAGCCACUCGUCCAAAAUGUCCAUUCAGUUCGGCAGUCAAGUUGCCAAAGCGCAGCCAGCUCAGCCCUCGGCCCCGUUUUCGGUCGGUCCCCAACAUAUCUCCUCAAAUGUUCAGACCCAACCGUUGCAUUUUGCGCAAAUAACUACAGACACAACUAGCAACGGGCAGGUAGGAGGGGAGCAUAGAAAAGACGUUUUGAGAAAUGAGCCCAAGACGGCAUCAUUGACAACUAGUUUCACAGACGACACAUUGGACGACUAUACUGUCACGCCAGAGGUGAUUAAAAAAAUAUCAGAGGACUUUUCAGGAGAAAUUUCCAAAGGAAACAGUUCCGAAUGGAAGCGGAAAAUCAGCCCCGCUGGUUUAAUGUCCAGCGCUGAUGAGAACAUGCAGUGCAUUUCUUCAGGAAUCGACUCCCACUUUGGGUUCGUCUCAGGACAACAGCCAGCAAGCAACAUGUUACUACAAGUGGAAGCGAAUACCGUGUCUCCAGACAAAGUCGUAUGUGAAAAAAAUGGAAUUGCCGAGCUUCUGCCACAAAAUACCGAUAAAACUCACUUGUAUCCAGCCACGGCAGAACUUGGUCGACUGUGUUCCAAAGACCGUCCUCCCCAAAUUCGUCAGGAUUUACCAAGCCUAGAGCCACGUAUGACACACUUACAGUCAGCUUGUCCUCAACGUUCAAACGUUCCUGGCAUUCCAGCUCGUCAACAGUCAGACGUUGAUCCUGAUCUUACGAGUGCAACGUUCCAGUCGUUACGCGCUAAAAAAUUGCCCAUACCCGUUUAUUCAGACUUGCGUCGUGUCUGGCAACAAGCUGCUCUUGACAUGAAUUUGAGCAAACGGGUAUGGCUAACAUGUCCAAGGAACACAAGAGUUCUUGGGUUCCCCCCAACGCCUUUUAAGGAAGUUUCAUGUAAGGGCGGUCUUUUCCCUGCAUGGCCAGAUUGCUCAGUGAUCGCAGGCAUGCCAUCGAAACAAAGGAUUAGAGGGUCGAGCCAAGAAGACUACUGGCUGAAUUUGAGGAAUUCAUUUUCUGGAAAACGAAUGACACCUCAAUGUGUUCUGGUUCUGGACGGUUCCUAUGAGAAUGAGAGGCAUCGCAAAGCCAUGGUUAAUAUGCGCGCUUGUUGUCCGCAGAGAGCUCACACGUAUGGUUUGUCUUCCGCUCCAGGUCAAAAUGCAAACUUUUUGUAUACUUGCCCAAGAGUAAGCAACAUUUUCGGUUUCGCGUCUCAGGAUCCGGUUUGCGUUGCGAGUGACUUUUGGAGUUUGGGUCAGGGCAGCUGCAUUUUAUUCGAGAAGCACUUCGGAAAGGAAUGUGUUGUGACAUCACACCCCGUGACACCGGUAGCCUCAUGCUUGAAUAUUACUUCCUCCUGCCCUCAAAAGGCCAAGAUUCCUGGCUUUCCAUCCGCACAAAAACAAAGUAAACUAGCUAAAGGAGUAAGUGCGGUGACAUUUUUGCCGAGUUGUGCGAAAGAAUCUACGGUUCCUGGAAUGCCAACUAGAAACUGUGACAAACCUCAGUGGGUAACGGACAGUUUUCUGCUACAGCCGUCACGCAAGUAUACAGAAAGAACACAUCUGAAAGAUAUCUUUGCUAUCGACCGUGAUUGGGUUGACAACAUGGUAUGCCUUGUAUCCUCGUGUCCACCGCGAGCCCGCUCACCUGGCUUCCCAUCAGUAAAAUGGCACAAAUCAGAAAACAUUGCAAAUAUGAUUCAUGUGCUCCCGACAUGCCCGCGAUAUUCUCGAGUUAGUGGAAUCUCCUCCAGAAUCCUCAGCGGGUCUGAUAGAGCCGGAUGGAAGGUUGACAGAAGGCCGCUUUGGGGAAAAACAUUGAGCAGCCCAGGAAUAAUGGAAGUAACAUACAAGUGCAAGAUUUCUUUGAAGGAGAAGACAAUCGUUCAAGUGAUGGUGUCCAUGUUGCCCCCUUGUCCCAAAAACUCUUACAUAUACGGAAUUCCCUCCAAGGGUGGUAAAAGGGACUGUUUGACGACAGAAGCCCCCAACAUGCUCAAAUCCAUGAUCACUUUCCCAGAGCAUGGUCAAAUCCCAGGUUUACCUGCAAAGGACCAUUCAAGAGACUUUCACAGUUGGUGUGUGGAGUGGGGGACACUUUGGAGGAACCCAGUCACUACAAGGUCGGUCGUGGUCCACUCCGAUUCGAGACUUGAUGAGAUGUCAGUCAAGAACAGAGAAGCGAUGGUCAGUAUGAUGCCGUACUGUUCCAGAGAAGCACUGAAAUUUGGAUUUUCUUCAACAAUGCAACUCCUGGCUGUUGACGCGGCAGAAGAAAAUAAUCCGAGCAUGGCAGAAUUGCUGCCGUGUUGCCCGAGACAAACAAGCAUUGUUGGCGUCCCGUCAAAAGUGCUGUCAGGCUCUGAUGACGACAUAGGUCGAUGGGCCAAGUUGAUGACGUCGCUACACUGGCCUCAUCAGGAUACGCUGGCGGCAGCCCAUUCCCUUUUGCUUACAGUUGACAGUAUGGAAGAAAAAUGUCAAAAUAUGGUGAAUAUUGCGCCAUCUUGUCCAAAGAUUGCUUCUCUACCGGGGAUGCCAUCAACUAGUUCACGCUGUUUAGUACCAUCAGAGCAAGCGCUUCGAACGCCACUCUUAGCGACGCCAUUCCCAAGUUCAUAUGACUCGGACAUAAAGAAAGGAAAUUCCGACUUGGCUUUGGAGGUAAUUAAUGACAAACGUGGUUUGAUGGGGGCAACCGAGGAUGCUUUAAAACGAGGAAACACAGAUGGGCGAAAACCACACUUAAUCAGUGACACGCCAUUGUCAGACAAGAGCCUAACAAAAGAAGUCGCAGCCGAGGAGGCCCAAGCACAGCGGAAAGAUGGGGCAUCGGAGCCCGAAGGGGUCUCGGGUUGGGAAAUAUUGGAGGUAGAAGGAAAUGUAGUUGAAAAACAGAAAGCGUCCUUGCCAUCAGCAGGGGCGGAAGAGCCUCCUGGAAUAGUCCAAACUAUUGUGGAUGUUCUCCAUAAAGGCUAUGAAACGGUAGCGUCCAUUUUGGGCCCAUCUGGUUCGUCUCUGUCUGAGAACGAUCUUCACCUGACGGUCGAUUCGGCGUCGCGUCCAACAUAUGAGACUGGCAUCUCUUCGUGUGAAGAUUUGCCUCAACGUGUGGACGUUGACUCCGCCAUAGAUGAGGUCAUUCCUUUAUCAGAGCAGUUGGAGGACCAAUACACCGGAGAGGGUCAACUGGUAACCCCAUCACCGCCUUCCGACAGCGACGAUGGGUUUAUGGUUUGCGUGAGUAUGAAGAAAUGGCCGCCGUUGACCGCAGCAGACCUGACUGGCACGUCAGUGGACGUUCGACAUGAGGAAGAGGAACCUUUGCUUGAUGAAUGGCAGACAAGUGAUCAGGACUCUGUAGGCACAUCCGAGUCCAUUGACAGCUUAUCAGUCAGGCAUCCGAAUUUCACACAUGAACUCAAAACCGCUUCCAAAUUGGAAUCUGGCCCCCAACUAGCAAAUGCUGAUGGAAGUCCCCCGCAUCCUACGAUAACUCAACCAUUGACUGACGGCAAAUCAAACCCAGAGCUACAACAUGACAAAAUUCUAGAUGAUCCGCAUCUUUGUAUGAUUGAAGCGCAGGCACAGAUCACGGUCUCUCAGCAAGAUCAAACCGUUCUAGGAGUUCAACAAACAGAAUGCGAACUGGAACAAGCCACCGUUUUACAACAGCCAGACCACAAUCAAACUUCGGAUGGGUCGUGUGUCCUUCACGAGGUUGCUCCAAUCCAGUCUCGUGAGAUCAUUUUCACGCGACCUGUCGACGAUCCUUCCAUCUCCGCUGCUAGUAGCAUUCCUGCAGAUGGAGAUGGAACUGUUUGCUCGCCGCGCACAACUGUCAAUCAAGAAAAAAAUGAUGUCUCUCCUGACGUGGAAAGAACGGAUGCCCCAGACAAACCUCUGAUAACAAAAGAAAGACUCACCGUUGAAAAACAAACACGUCACGCUCUACCGAGAAGCAGCACGGCCCAAAUCGUCAAGGAAUGUUCUUCCGAGGUUGCAGAAACAAAAUCUGCUCAAGAAGCAACAGUCCAAAGACCCGCCUUCUCGCAAACAAAGGAACAUGAAAGCAUGGCAUCGAAAGCAGAGCUACAGGGGGAUGUUGUUGAGCAACAUGCGUCCUUGUCAAUUAUCACAAGGAUCGGACAGCAACAAAGUGGCGUGAAAGUUCCUCUGAGAAAGCAACCCAUCCCAAAGCCUCGGGUAAGGAAAUGUCCCAGUGAAGAAGAGGCCCACGCAGGAGGUCAGGCUGGCCAGCCUCUGGACGAUGACGACACAAGAUCAAAAGAGCAAGCGUUGACCGUGCGCUUGAGGAAAAGCCGGUUCCAAGUCGGUGGCGAUACGACACCGCCCUCAAAUUUUCCUGUAGCGAAACCAAGAGCUAAGAAACGUCUUAGCAGUUCAUUCCCGGGUGAUGCUGUAGUUCCCGGCUCACCACGUACUUCCUUGUCAGACACAGGAACAGGCACCUCUGGCCAAGAAGUAAAUCACCACGAUGAGCAGGGAGGCGUGCCUGUUCCGCUUCCUCGAACCGGGAAGCACCUCGACAAGUCUCUGUUCAACAACACGCCACCCACAGACAUUUCGGACUCAUCUCAAAGAAAGCCAGAGGCCACGACUGCCUCAUGCGAAGCAGCGGAGGAUUGGUCGCCAUUAUGGGAAUCACGUGCAAUCGCUGAAAAAGGAACCUGUGAUCCGGGCAACGCAAACGAAUUUCCAUCUCCUUACUCAGCAGAAAUGAGAGACGUAGAGAAGGCGUCGGAUGCUUUGGUCAAAGGUGCAACCCGAACAGAUGCGCCUGUCCCGCCAACAAAAAUGGAGGAGUCCUUUGCCUGCUCGGUUACAUCAGCUCGGGAUGAGCAACUACACGUCAAAGGCACAGAACCUUCUGAUCCGAAGAAUGAAGGCUUGGAGUACAGCCCUGUGUCUGUAUAUUUAGCUGCCGGUUUUUUAGAGCAAGACAGGGGCAGUCCGCCCGCAGACAAAAGUCAGGCCCGAGUGGUUAGCUUGCACCACACCUUGACUCCAACAAAACCCGAAGAUACGUCGGCAUCUCCAGAAAAUCUUUCAGAAAGUCCAAACCUGGUCACGUCCAGUCAGUCUCUGCUGGAGUGGUGCAAGGAGGUCACUCGGGAUCACAAGGGACUGAAGAUCAGCAACUUCAGCACCUCCUGGAGGAACGGCUUGGCGUUUUGUGCCAUCUUGCAUCACUUUCACCCAGAAAAGAUUAAUUAUGAAUUGUUGGACCCCUAUGAUAUCAAACACAACAAUAAAAGGGCCUUUGACGGUUUCGCCGAGCUCGGCAUUUCCAGGCUGAUGGAGCCCUCGGACAUGGUCAUGCUCGCCGUGCCAGAUCGCCUCAUCGUCAUGACAUACCUCAGCCAGAUUCGCACUCAUUUCAUGGGCCAGGAGCUAAGUGUGCUUCACAUCGAAGAAGACGCCAGUGAGUCCAGCUACGCGGUAACGGGAGACCGGGAGGGCGAAGAAGACCCCGAGGCAGCUGUUCGCUACUGCACCCAAAGGCUUCACGAGGAGGGCAUCGGUCUGGAGACCAACGGCUCUGUUAGCGCGGCACACGAGGCCGAAAGCGACGCGGAUGUCGCUCCGCCGUCCAGAAGCAAACGGGCGCAAGCGUCCGCGGCCAGCGGGACCCAGUCACCGGUUGCGCCACCGAGGACUCAUUUGGCGUCCAAGUGUGGUUUCUCGCACGUGAAAGACGCAGAUCUGGUCAAGAAGCGCAGGUCCCAGAGGAAGAGUACGUCUGAAGAGGAUGGCGACGCAUCCGUGGUUGUUACAGAACUGGAAGACAGCGGAAGUAUCAGAACUGAGACAACAGCAACUCUGGCUGGGGUGGGAAGACGAGAAGGCCAGGAUACCAACCAGUAUGUACUCAGUCAAAUGCAAGCCCUGGAAGCAGAACAAAACCACAUCGACACCAGAGCUGCCGUUGUGGAGAGGAAACUCCGACAGCUCAUGGAAACAAGCAGUGACAAGGCGGAGGAGGAAAGAUUGAUUCAGGAAUGGUUCGUACUGGUCAACAAGAAGAACGCGUUGAUACGAAGACAGGAUCACCUGCAGCUGUUGCUGGAGGAGCACGAUUUGGAAAGAAGGUUUGAGCUGUUGACCAAAGAGCUGCGAGACAUCAUGGCCCUCGAAGAGUGGCAGAAGACGCUGGCCCACAAACAGAGGGAGCAGUUGCUGCUUAAGGAGCUGGUGUCGCUGGUCAACCAGAGGGACGAACUGGUCCACAAUAUGGACGCCAAGGAGAGACGGUGAGGAGGAGGAGGUCACCGACGUUCUAACGCAGGGUCCAUAUCAACUCAAAGCCGCGCUUCUGUCUCCAGCGCUCUGGAGGAGGACGAACGCCUCGAACGUGGCCUGGAGCAGCGCCGGAGGAAGUACGCCAAGCAGCAAAAGUGUCUGAUGCAGUGACCUUCGCCUCCCAAGUUUAAGGGAAGGCUCUCAGGAGACGAGGUGUGUCACUCCACGUCAUUGCCAAAGAUUGAUAUUGUCAUUGAUUUUAUUUCAAGUCUUGCUCGGAGUAACCGAUAGUGAUUUUUAAAAAAAAAGUUUUAGUGACGUGGGAAGUGUUGGUCACACUUUGAAUGAGAACUCAGAAUGGGAACUGUGAUACUGUCUUACUGUGUCUUGUCACUUUUUUUUUCAUCCAGAUUUUUAAACACGGAUUUAUUUGAUGAGAUAACUGCAGGGUAUGGUAGCGGUCUCAAGGUGGCGCUGAAAAGCCAUGUCUUCCAUGAGUACACUUGUGAAUAUUCACAAUCACGCUUUUCAUAUUAUUUGUCAUUUUCAAAUGGAUCUUCUGUUCACUUCAGCUACAUCUGCCGCUUUGGACACUUGUCUUACCCGGUAAAUACGCUAUACGCUGAGACUGAACAGUCAGACGUGAAACGCUUCCAGGAAGAAAAAAAAAUAGUAAUCCCCAAAGUGAUGUUACUGUUGUAUGCAUGUAACAUAAUAGACUAACGUUAUUUUUUUGACUGUGCCUUGUGACUGAGGGAUGUUUGUUACCAAAAGGGCUCCUUCCCCUUUAAAUGUGUCUUUUAUUCUGCUGCAAGGGGCUUUCCAGAAACAUUUAAGGUAAAAUAACAACAAUGCAACAGAACAUAAAACAUCCACAUUCAUAUAUAUCUCAAAUUAAAGGAUAUUACUUUCGCAGUGACAGCCACGUAAAUCAUUUUAUUGGCGAAAAUUGAUUUGUUUAAAAAGCCAUCUUUAACUUAUUGGAGCUUUUACUAUUUAUUCUUUGUGUGCUGCCUGCAGAACUGCUUUUAACCCCAAACUCUUUCCUCUGAUUGCUGCAUGUGUAUUGUGCUGCAUUUGCACCUUCGGGAUUGCAUAGGAACUGCGUAUUCACAGGAAUAUGACACAGUCUGCACAUUUUCUGGUCGUCCUCGAACGCAAAAGCAGCUGAUCAAAGCUCGUAAGUCAGGUUUUGAUGGAAUGUUCGGUUUGGUGGUCGGCCGCAUCACUGAAAUGAAAGUACGAUUGGACCUCUGAAGGGUUACGGCGGGACUGGUUUUGUCCUGAAGAAUGCCAACUGGGUGACUUUUAGGAAACUGAACUGACUGUUGUUUUCUUGUUACUUUUGGAACAUUUGUCAAGUUUGCAAAGCCCUCAAUGUUUUGCUGCAUUAAAAAUAGAUGUGCUGUAAA